AUGGAUUCGUUGCUCUGUGACGAGAAUUGGCUUUCAAUUCCUGAUGAUCAAUGCCAACAAUCCAAUCAUAUUCAGGGCUUAGAGAAACACAGUGAUUUGUCAAACGAGAAAGUUUCGGAGGCUUUGAAAAUUUGCUUAGAGAAGGAAUCAAGUUACGUGCCUAAAGCCGGAUACGCAAGGCAACUCCAGUCUGAUAAUGAUUUCUUGUCUGCUAGGUUCAGAGCCGUUCAUUGGCUUAUCAAGUCUUGUAUACGGAUGAACCUGCCUUAUGGGAUUGCAUUCUCCGCUGUAAAUUAUCUUGAUCGGUUUAUGUCAGUGAAUGAUCUGUGCAAGAUGGAAUGGAAUUGUCAGAUGGUUAAAUUACUCUCUGUGGCAUGUUUAUCUGUCGCCUCCAAGUUCACUGAGAUGUCGGUUCCCCCGUUUCGCGAAAUUCAGAUGGAGGGUCUUGAUCAUUCUUUCGAAACAAGUACGAUCCAGCGAAUGGAACUGAGUUUGUUGCAGGAAUUGGGAUGGCACAUGAACUCUACAACACCAUAUUCCUACGUAGAAAUUAUGCUGCCAACAUUGGACAUCGGUUCUUCCUUAACAUCUCAACUCCAUAAAGAUCAGUUAACCAACCGAGUAACUGAGUUGCUUCUUGGGGCUCUAUUAGGUAUGUUUGGGGUAUAUUUGUUUAUAGUGAUCCCAGCUAUACUGAUCCCAACAGCUGCUACGUACGAGGAUAACUGGGAUACCAAGGUGCUGGGAUAUAUCUUUAUCAGUUUUGAUGCUUAUCAAAUAUUUUUGGAAGAGUAUACACCUUCAAAUUCUAAUAUCCACCACCUCAAUAACUUUACAAAGCUCUUUAAUCAAGAUCAAAAGGAUGAUCUAGUGAAGUGCCACAGUAUCAUGGAAAGAUGUGAGGCAUAUCACUGCCCUUCAAGCCCUGUGACAGUAUUAUUGAAAGAGCAGAUUAAUAUUCCUGAUGAUUGUAUCUUUGAUCUCACAAUUCGUAAGUGGCCUUGCUCAAACAUGGAUCGUAAUCCAGUCAAUGAGAAGAAUCCAAGGAUCUAG